UCAAACCUCCUCUGUUCCCAGCUCACUGAGACGGUCUCAGAAGUUGAUCUCUCUCUCUCUCUCUCUCUCAACUUCCUCAAAAACCAGAAUCAGAAUCAGAUCGCUUGAUUCGUGGGUUUUCUUUUUUUUUUUUCCUUUACUUUUUUUUCUCGUGAAACAAACAAAAAGUAAUAAUGCUUCUGCGAAGCUCUUCAACGCCGAUACUGAAUUCAUGGCUACCGCACUCGAAGGAUUCGUGUCACUCGUUGUCUCCGGAGCCGGAGAUUGUCCCCCAGAUUUCCCGUAGCCGCUCGAUCGUCUCUCUGUCCGUCUCAUCCUCUCCUUCUUCUUCAAUGUCGCCGAUCGAUUCUACGAGGAAGAAUAUGACGCGCGCCUCGUCGGAGACGGAUCUCCGAGACCUCGCGGCGCCGAAGAAGACGGCUUUGGACAGAAUCGUCGACGGAUUUUCGGCGGAGGAGGAGGAAGAGGAAGAAGAGGAAAUGGAGAGAGAAUUAGGAUUCAGAUCCGCGAUGACGAGUACGAGGUCAUAUCCUGGUUGUGAGGUUGGUGCGAGGGAGACUGAAUUGGUGAGUGUUUUGGUCGGUGGCGGCAUUGGCGGCGGAGGAGGGAGGAUCUGUGGCGGGGGAGGCGGAGGCGGAGGCGGUGGAUCGGAUGGUAGCGAUGACGGGAGCUCGGGGUUUUGGGAUUCGAACCGGGGAAAUCACGGCACUGACCUGUUUUAUCGGAAGAUGAUCGAGGCUAACCCUGGGAAUCCUCUUCUGCUCAGCAAUUACGCAAAGUUCUUGAAGGAUGUUCGUGGGGAUCUUGUGAAAGCGGAAGAGUAUUGUGGGAGAGCGAUAUUGGCGAACCCAAAUGAUGGGAAUGUUCUUUCCAUGUACGCAGAUUUGAUAUGGAAGAGCCAUAAAGAUGCUUCAAGAGCUGAGUCUUACUUUGAUCAAGCUGUUAAAGCUGCCCCAGAUGAUUGUUACAUUUUAGCGUCGUAUGCUCGGUUUCUUUGGGAUGCUGAAGAAGAAGGCGACGAAGGGGCCGAAGAGACCAACCUAAUGUCAACACAACCCAAUAUCUUCCAUGGAGCUCCUCCGACACCACCUCCUUUAGCUGCUGCUUCUUAAGCUUAUUUCUCCCUUUUCCGCUUUUCUUGUAUAAUAGUUUAUUAGAUUACAUCCUUCCUUCCAUGCCAAGCCUUUCUUUGUUUAUACUCCUCUCCCGUACCUUUUCAUCAAAUUUUUGCGUGCUUAGUUAGAUGAGUUGUAAUAAGUUCUCCUGUUGUAAAAAAUCCCAAGAGUGAAUAAGAGGUGUAAUCAAUUUGCCUGCUC